AUUGUACCUUUUUUUAAAAAGAAAAAAAACCCUUCAAUAUCAUCAUAAUAUACACCUAUUUUUCUUUAAAAGUAAACAAUCAUUAAACUAUAUAAAAUUGCUAAAAUCUCCAUAAACACCCCCUCCUAAACAAUUAUUGUUGACUUUUUUCAAUAACAAAAAAGAAACUUAUGUCAAUAUACCCCAUUUUAUAUUAAUUGAGAUGUUUAAAUUAUUAGAUAAUUUCAAUGAAAAGUCUAAAUCUAUAAUGAUUGAACAAAUGAAACAACAAUAUUGUUUAUUACAAUAUGAUAAAGAGAUGGUAACAAAUUUUUUAAACUUUAUAAAUCAUCAUUAUAUAUGGAAUUGUUAUAAUAAUAAUAACAAUAGUAAUAAUAGUUAUAAUAAUGAUUUGGAUAUGAAUAAUAUUCAAGAAAAGUUAAUCAUUGAACAUUUGAAUCCUUUAAUGUUAAUUAAUUCAUAUACAGAUUAUCCAUUUUGGUCAUCUAUGUUAAUAUCAGCAGUAAAUGAGGCUGUAACAACAACAACAACAACUAGUACUACUACUACAACAUCAGGAAUAAUACCAUUAUCUUCUACAAUAAUACCAUCAACAAUUAUAUCACCAGUUAAAACAUCAUUAUCAUCUUUAUCAAUGAUGACAAUUGAUGAUUUACAGAAUGAUAUUAGUAAGAUUAAUUAUGAAGAGGAUUUUUUUAGUAAAUUACUUAAAUGCACUUUAAUACAAAAUGAAAAUUCAUAUUCUAGUGAAAUAGAACAGUUAAGUUUAUCCUCUUCUUCAUCAUCAUCAUCAUCAUCAUGUUCAACGAAUUCAUCGUCAUCAGUGUAUAUGAGUGAGAAAAAAGUCAAUGGAUUUUUUGUUAAAGAUAUAUUAAGCUUUGAUAAACAUAAAGUUAUUCGACGACAGAAGACUGAUGACAGUUUCGAAAAAGAAGUUUUGGUAAAAGGAAGAGAUGAAGAGAAAAAAGAGGGAGUUCAAGAAAGACAGAAAAAAGACAACAUAAAUAAAUACAAAAUUAUCAAUUGUACAGAUUUUAGUCAUAAUAAUAUGAAUUAUGUUUGUGAUAAUCGUAAAGAGCCUGAAGUUGAAAAUUUACAAAAGAAUAAAUUGAUCAAUAAAUUUACUGUUGGAUCAGAAGAAGAGGACAACUAUGACAUUAACGAUGCUGCUAAAAAUAACAAUAAAAACUAUUUACGAAAAAUAGUAAGUGAUGAUGGAGUGAAAUUAAAAUCUAAUCGCAAUCAUAAUAAAAAAUUGAGUUCACGUAGUAGAAUACAUGAAAUAACAUCAUCGAAUAAGCUUAGUACCAAUGAUCCAAGUAGAUUACAUCUACCAGCUUGGGUAUUUUGUACGCGAUAUUCCGAUCGUCCAUCGUCGGGUCCAAGAAUAAGAAAACCAAGAAUGAAUCGUUCACAUGAUGAACUUAAUUUGAAGCGACCGCGUACCUCAUUCACGGUACCACAACUAAAGCGUCUAAGCCAAGAGUUCGAAAAAAAUCGAUAUCUUGAUGAACUACGUCGAAAGAAGUUAGCUACAGAAUUGGAUUUAAGAGAAUCUCAAGUGAAAAUAUGGUUCCAAAAUAAACGUGCAAAAACUAAAAAGGCUUCAGGUGCACAAAAUUGCUUAGCAUUACAUCUAAUGGCUGAAGGUCUUUAUAACCACUCAGUUCGAGUUCGUUCUGACCUAGAAGAAGAUGAAGAAGACAGUGAUGAUAUGAAUAUUUCUGAACAAGAAUGAAGUAUCAAACAUAAUGAAAGAUAUUUGUUAAAAGAAUUAGUCGUAAAACUUGUAUAUCUUUAUAUCAUUUAUCUAUUUUCACAAUUUUAUUUAUAAUCAUAUAUCAUCAAUAUUCAUUGAAGGACAAUUGUCCAUACUUAUAAACCUAUUGAUUUUUGAAUUUUAUUAUUUGCUGAUUUAAUUCAUUGAGAAGUAUAUCUGUACUACUAAUUAAUCUACUUAAAUUUUUAUAUUGUACUUACAUUGUUUGUGAUUACUCACUAUUCAAAUUACACUUUUAAAACUCUA